AUGGCUCACUACAAUCCUUCGACUGAGAAAGCUAAGGUGAUGGAGGCAGAGAUGGCCAAUACUUCUGAUAGGAGCGGGAAAGCAGAGAUUGACGAUUUCAAUGGCAUCAGAGCGGUUUCAAGCACUACUCUAGAGUCAUUCUCUCAUCUGGAUGAGAAGAAGAUCCUUCGCAAAAUGGAUCGGCGGUUGAUCCCCAUGCUUGCGAUCCUCUAUCUUCUCUCUUUCUUAGACCGAGGAAAUAUCGGCAAUGCAAAGAUCGAGGGCCUUCAAGAGGAUCUCAACAUGUCGCCCGAUCAAUACAACUGGUGCCUGACUGUUUUCUUCUUCACAUAUGCAGCUUUCGAGGUACCCUCGAAUUUACUUCUCAAGAAGCUACGUCCUAGUGUCUGGCUUCCCACAAUCAUGGUUGCUUGGGGCACGGUGAUGACCCUGAUGGGCAUCGUACGAAACUAUCACGGCCUUCUCAUCGCACGCAUUUUCUUAGGUGUUACCGAGGCGGGUCUGUUUCCCGGCGUUGCUUACUAUCUCACCAUGUGGUAUUGUCGCCACGAGAUCCAGUUCCGCCAAGCGUUGUUCUUCUCCGCGGCCUCAAUCGCCGGUGCUUUCAGCGGCCUCUUAGCCUUUGCUAUUGCCAAGAUGGAUGGAACUGCCGGGCUAGAGGGUUGGCGCUGGAUCUUCAUUCUCGAAGGAAUUGCGACAGUUGUGGCAGCGGUGCUAGCCUUUUUCGUCCUACAAGACUUCCCAGAGACGGCUACGUUCCUCACUGAAGAAGAACGAGCCUUUGUGGUACUCCGUCUGAAGUACCAGGCCCAAGCGGGUAAACUUGACACAGACCAGGUGCAAGUCGCCCAGGCCGAAGAGUUUCAGUGGAAGUAUGUCUGGAGUGCCUUUAAAGACUGGCAAAUUUGGGUCAGCAUCGUUGUUUAUUGGGGCAUCGUUUGUCCACUGUACGGAAUCAGCUUGUUUCUUCCUACCAUCAUCAAAAAUUUGGGAUACACAUCGAACAAGGCCCAGCUCAUGACAGUCCCUAUCUACAUCACAGCUGCUAUUCUCGCCGUUGUUGUGGCAUACGUUUCGGAUCGUGUUGGAAAGCGAAGCCCCUUCAUUAUCACCCUCCUCUGUGUCAUGAUUGUUGGCUUCUCCAUGUGUAUCUCAUCUAGUAAUCCAAAGGUAGUCUACGGUGGCGUCUUCAUUACAGCCUGUUCUAUCUAUCCAGCUUUCCCUGGUAUCAUUUCCUGGCUUGCAAACAACUUGGCCGGCAGCUACAAGAGGAGCGCCGGUAUGGCAAUUCAGAUUGGUAUCGGAAAUCUUGGCGGAGCAAUGGCAUCCAAUUUCUACCGACAAAAGGACGGCCCUCGAUACAUUCUCGGUCAUGCAUUGGAGCUUGGAUUCAUUAGCGCUGGAAUCAUCGCUGCUCUCACUUUAGUCUUUGCAUACAUGCAAAUCAACAGAAAGCGCGAGGCCAGGGUGGCUCGGGGGGAUAUGAAUCAAUACACGGCUGAGCAGCUUUCUGGUAAAGGUGAUAAGGCAUUGACUUGGAGAUACAUGCUGUAA